CUUCUCCAAGUGACUGAUUUAGACAUCUUUGACAGGAAGUAAGGCUGACAAUGUACCUAAGGUCAGUCCGCCAUUCACAGCAAUGCAUCUCAUAGUCAUCCAAACAGUUUAAAAGCAAAGGGGAAUCAAGGUAACCUAAAGAAAGUGAAAGGGAGGAGAGAAAAACAAGAUAAAGGCCAGCUGAAGAACUAUGGAUGAGGACAUCAGGAGAAAAGGGACCCUUUAUUUUCAUCAGCAACGCUUCGGCAAGCGAUGGAGGAAGGUGUGGUGUGUGGUGGUGGCUGAGGGCAGGCGCAACAUCGCACGACUGGAGCUGUACGAGCACAAACACUCCUCCAUCAAACAGAGCUCCAUCAAACAGGGCUCCGCCAAACGCAAACCCGACUACAAACAGGUGAUCCGGCUGCGAGAAUGCAUCCGCAUAUCAGAGUGCGAGAUGGCUGACCGCCCCAAAGACUGCGCUGCCUUUCUUCUCGAAACCUCAGAUAAACUUUACUUCUUCGCUUCCCACCAUUCGGAGGUGAAGGACUGGAUCAGGAGUCUGUGCGAGCAGGCGUUCCCUAACAUCGAGGCUGAACAAAGAUUAGAGAGAGAGAGUUGCAUCUAUGAUCCUGUUACUGUAAGCAGUUCCAAUGCCAGAGAAAUGAAGGAAAACUCUCUAUAUGACACGGCAGAGAGCGUUCGAGAUUUUCUGGUUAUAGCAGUGGGCACAGAGGCGGCCAUUCAGUGCAAUCUGUAUGGGGACUAUUUCCUUACUCCCCUGCUGGACUGCUUAAUCCUGAAGGACGUCAAAACUAAGGAAGUGCUUUUCAAAUGGCCGUACUGUUACGUAAGGAAGUUUGGACAAGACACGCUGUCUUUUUCCUUUGAGGCUGGUCGCAGAUGUGACUCCGGCGAGGGUAAUUUCGAGUUUGCCACCCAUCAGGCCGAAAGACUGUUCAAUAUUGUCAGUGAAUCCAUUCAGAAUCUGCCCAGACCGCCCAUAGAUAAGACGAACAGCCUUGACUAUUCAGAAAAAAGUAGAGUUCGAGAAACCGUGGCCACGGAUCAAACGUACGACUACACCAUAGAAACUCAAAGCUCGGACUUUUUACCUGAGGGCAAUAUGCAGAGAGCAGUUCAGCGUCCAUCAAAAAUGCUCAACCCUGCUUGGAGGAGCUUUUCUUUGAAUGCAAUAGAGCCACAAAGCGAAAGUCAAAUGACGAGAAUUGACACCAACCUCGAGAAUAAGGAAGCCGUCUAUGCAACGGUGUCAAAAGCUCAGCCAAAAGCCACUUCCCCUACAGACCCUAAAAUGCACUGGCAAAACCUGAGAAAAGCUCUCCAUCAGUCUACAUCUCUCAAAGACGCUUUCAAGACCAACCCUGACAUUUCCCAGUCGUCUGAUUUCGAGGGUACGCGUGAAGAGACGAGGGUCACGGAAGAUUUGACUGACUUGUUUGGUGAUUCCAUCCAGCAAUUAGCAAUUAAUGACGUGGUACGGGACAUUAGUGCGGAGCCAAUUUAUGCAGAGCCACAGGAUUUCCAAGCCAGAGCUGAGUGGGUUGCCGGUGCUGUGUGGGAAUCAGAGGAGGUCAUCGAGGCUAAUCAAAGAGCUCAUGAUGGGGCAGGCCACCUAGCUGAGGAUGAAUUCGUCUACAGCCCGCAGGCCAUGGCUGCCCCCUCCAACCCUAUGCAAAGUCCAGAUAUGUAUUCAACUUAUGACAAUUUGAUGUUGAAGGGGAGGCGUAUAUAAGGGCAUUUUUUUCAGUCAAAAUCAAGAGAGGUUAUUAAUAAGAAUUGUAUAAGUAAGAAGAAUUGAAUAUACAAUAUAUGGACAAAAGUAUUGGGACAGACAUGUUAAUUAUUGAAUUAAAGUAAAGUAUUUCAAUCAGAUCAUUGUCAAUGUAUAAAAUCAAGCUCCUAUUCACUCUGUCUGCA